CGGGACUUGCGGAUUUUGACUUGGACCGUUUUCAGCUGUGAAGAGGAUAACAUCUUACUCUCCAACAUAAGUGGCGCCCACAGGAACUCUCAGCUUUUACCUUAAAACUGAAACGUUAACUUGGAAAAGAAAGCAAUACUACUGCCCAGGAGAAGAAACUCAAGCAUGCCUAAACCCUAAAAACCCGGGAGCGAAUCCCAGGUCCCGCCCCCGUGCGGGCCGCGCCAAGCGGGGCCUCACCCUCACCAACGCCUCGUCUCUAUGGUUACCGCCCCGCCUCCUCGUCCGCCGUCCCUACGCAGGCCCGGCCUUGCUCCGCGCCCCACCCAGACCCCGCCUCUUCCCUCUGCGCGGGCGCAAUUGUCUGCAGACCCGGAAGCGGGUUUCGUGGAGCCGAGGCCAGUCUGUGGAGUGACUGAAUUCUCAAGGCCGAUCUUGUCUGAGGAGGGAGAAGCCUGGCAGAGGAGGAAGAGGGAAGGAAGGAGUCAGGAAUGGCGGUUUGUCAGGGAUGGUUGACCUUCAGGGAUGUGGCCGUAGAAUUCUCUCAGGAGGAGUGGGAGUGCCUGGACCCUGCCCAGAGAGCCUUGUACAGGGACGUGAUGGUGGAGAACUACCGGAACCUGGUCUCUCUGGCCAUCUCUUCCAAAUGUAUGAUCAAGGAAUUACCACCCAAAGAGAACAGUAAUACAGGGGAAGUAUUGCAGACAGUUAUAUUGGAAAGACAUAAAAGCUGUGACACCAAAGAUUAUGCCUGUGGAGCAAUCCAGAAAAAUAUCCAUGACUUUGAGUAUCAGUGGGGAGAUGUUGAAAGAAAUCACAAAGGAGUGCUUGUGACCCUUAACAGAAGUCUCACUGGUGGAAGAGAUCAAUGUGGUAGAAGAGAUGAAGGAAAUAAGCCAAUUGAAAACAGGUUCGGACUAAGCUUUCAGUCACAUCUGGCUGGAGUGCAGAUACUUCAAACCAAAAGGAAAAUUUACGAAUGUCACCAGGUCGAGACGUCUGUCAACGAUGGUGCUUCAGUUUCACUACAUCCAAGAAUUCUUCCUAGUGUCCAAACCAACAUUUCUAAUGAACAUGGGAAUGCUUUCUUGCAUUCUUCAUUACUCACACAAGACCAGAAGGCACACAUUAGGGAAGAACCUUACAAGCGUGAUGAGUGUGACCAAGCAGUUAAUCGCAGUUUACACCUCACUAGACAUCAGAUAAUCCAUCCAGGAGAGAAACCAUAUAAAUGUGAUGUAUGUGGGAAGGUCUUCAGUCACAACUCACACCUUGCAUGCCAUCGAAGAAUUCACACUGGAGAGAAACCUUACAAAUGCAUUGAGUGUGGCAAGGUCUUCAGUCGCAACUCACACCUUGUACGUCAUCACAGAAUUCACACUGGAGAGAAACCUUACCACUGCAAUGAGUGUGGCAAAGCCUUUAGUGAGUGUUCAAGUCUUACUAACCAUCAGGUAAUCCAUACUGGAGAGAAACCUUACAAAUGCAAUGAAUGUUGCAAGGUCUUCAGUCAGAGUUCAGGCCUUGCAAGCCAUCGAAGAAUUCAUACUGGAGAGAAACCUUACAAAUGUAACGAGUGUGGCAAAGCCUUUACGUACAGCUCACAACUCACUAACCACCAAGUAAUCCAUACUGGUGUGAAGCCUUACAAAUGUACCGAGUGUGGCAAAGCCUUUAAUCAGAGCUCACAUCUCACUAGACAUCAAAUAAUCCACACAGGAGAGAAACAUUACAAGUGUGACGAAUGUGGGAAGGUCUUCAGUUACGAUUCACACCUCGCACGUCAUCGCAGGAUUCAUUCUGGAGAGAAGCCUUACCAGUGUAACGAGUGUGGCAGAGCCUUUAGUAUGUAUUCAAGCCUUACUUAUCACCAGGUAAUCCAUACUAGGGAGAAACCUUACAAGUGUAAUGAAUGUGGCAAGGUCUUCAGUCAGAGUUCAAGCCUUCCUAGUCAUCGGAGAAUUCAUACUGGAGAGAAGCCAUACAAAUGUAAUCAGUGUGGCAGAUCGUUUAUUCAACGUUCAAACCUCACCAGACAUCAGAUGAUUCAUACCGGAGAGAAACCAUAUAAAUGUAAUGUAUGUGGGAAGGUCUUCAGUCAGAAUUCGAGCCUUGCAAGUCAUCAGAGAAUUCAUACUGGGGAGUAACAAACGUAGUGGUGUGCCCAAGCCUUUAUUGUAAGUUCAAGCAUGAAUUGACAUUAGAGAGACCACACUAAAGAGAAGUCAUAUCCAUGUAACGUAUGUGGCAGAGACUUACACGGGCUUCACAACUCACGGGACAUCAGGAUAUACAUCUCUGAUGAAACCAUAUUGAUGUAGUGUGCGUGCUAAGGCUUUUACCCAUGGAUCAAAACUGCAGAACAGCACAGGACUCAUACUGGAGAGCAACCUUGCAAGUGUAAUGAAUCCAAAGGCUUUCUGUCAAACAUUCAUGCCUUCAAUGUCAUGAGUGUAUUUAGAGAGAAACCUAGAGAUUGACUGAACAUCUAAAGGCCUUUAAAGCAACACUGUGUCCUCGGGGUUCACCAGUUCAUCAUAGAACAAAAUAAUUCAUAACAGGAAGAAGUCUUUCAAAUGUAAUGAAUAUUUUUAUAUUUCUUCCACGACUUUCACAACAGAAGCCACAUCAGAGAAUUCUAAUGAGGAAUAAAAUAAGUCUCAAGUUCUCUAAAUGUAACCUGAGAUAGUAUACACUGCAGUAUAAUUUUUUUUAAAUACUUAAAGCAUACCACAGAAUAAUUUAAAGCCAAAAUGUUUUAAAACUCUAGAUGGAAAAAAAGAUAGAUGCCUAGAGAUACAGCAAAGGUAUAUAGAUCCUGAAGAUAAUAUUCUAUGGUUUCUUUUCUAAAUAUUUUCUAGUUUAAAAUAUUGUUGUUUUACAUUUCACAUUUAAGACAAUGAUCAUUUUUUAGCCAGUAUUUGUACAGGUGUGAAGUUUUUGCCGAGAUUCUUUUUUUUUUUUUUCCCCUGGUAUGGGAAAUCAACUGGUCCAGCAUUAUUAUUAUUUUUUUUAAUUCUGUCUUCAUUCAGUUUCCUUGGUACCUUUGUCAAAGCUCAGUUGGAAGUACUUGUGUGGGUCCAUUUCUGGGUCCUCUGUUCUUUUCCAUUGAUCUGUAUGUCUCUUACUCCACAAAUACAAUGUAGUCUUGAUUACAUUUCACUGUAUUUGAAAUCUAGAAUGAGUGAUUCCAACCACUUUAUUCUUCCUUUUCAGAUGUUUUAGCUAUUCUGGUUCCUUUGCCUUUCCUUAUAACUUUUAGAAUAAUCUCAUUUGUAUCUACAAAAUAUCUUGAUAGAAAUUGUGUUAAACCUGUGUAUCAGUUUGCAGUCAUUUGACAUCAUUUCUACAUUGUAUCUUAUAAUAAAUGGCUGUGGUAUGUC